AAUUACAAGGAUUGCCAUUUUAUCGAAGCCCCGGGACUGAGAUGUGAGAUGCCUCAAAUGCGCGGCGCGGCGGAUCGAAGAAUCUCUCCGGUCACCGGCGAGUUAGCACGGCCAGAAGUUGUAGCAGGCGGUGUGGACUGCGAUGCCAGUGCGUGGAUUGAUUCCGACAGCCUUGAAGGAUCGAGGGUGGGGUGAAAGAUGGAAUCUGACACUGACAGCAUCCAUGGGAGCUUGAGCUGCUGCUGCCUGCCUGUGAGUGUGAGUAAUAUUUUGCAUAUUUUGUAGUUUCUAUAUGUCUGAAGUUUUUAUUUCUACCUGUUUGGACUUCGGACUUGACGGAAUUGGGGAAAUAUUAUACUCAGGAAUUGCGUUGAAUAGUCCUCCAGUUUAGUUUUGUACUUCCAAGAAGACCAAGAACCUUAGAUAUCCAUCCCCGUCUCACACCCACCUUUUGGAAAACCUCCAUGGCAAAUUCUUGGAGGAUUGCAGCGGCGGGGUGGAUCAUAACCGUAUUAGGGUGGUAUCUGUCGCCCAUCAUCAGCUUGCUCCUAAACAAGAUCCUUUCCAACAUCGGCUUUGAUGCCUCGCGAAAGCUUCGCGAGCUGGAGAUUCACACUAUCGCAGAAAUGAAGCAGGUGUUGAGGGACAUAGAGGAGCAGAGGAUGCAGAGAAAAGCGAGAAAAGAAAGAUCUGCUGUGAGCACACUCGACUUACUGGCCAAGGAUGUGAAGUCAGCCUUGUACCAAGGAGAAGACACUCUGGAUCUCAUCGAUUAUUACCAAAUCGAGAAGAACAUCAUUGGCGACGGUGAUUCUGAGCCACGAUGCAGCAGCUGGCUCAAUUGGUUGUUCCAGUGCCUCUCCAAAGCCAUCAGGGCUUGUGUUACCUGUUGCAAGGGGAGUUGGUUGGGGCGAUUCUUGUGCACCACCCGAUCUGCUUUACAAUUUUUGGCACUGAGAUUGUACCCAACUGUGCGAUGCAUUCAGGCCACCCUACACAGAUCUGCUGUGUUGCUGCCAGUUUCUCGUGUGCCCGCAGUUUCCUUCAUGAGGAGGCUCCAUUGCUGGUAUAAGUCCAUACUCACCUGGUCCACUAAUGUAAUUGAGAUUGCCUGUUUGUACCGGGACUGGUCCUAUGACGUCAUUGUUGGCAUCACAUAUUACCAGGUGGAUGGCAUUGCUGUAGAUUCUUUCAUGCCUACUAUUGCGAGAUGGCACUUGAGGAAAAGAAUAGAGGAGCUAGAAAAUGUUGUCACCGAUGCGCGGAAAUGUCCUCUGUUGAAGCAACAAAGCAGUAGUGGAUGGAAUGAUAUUGGCAAAAUGAACAGGAGAAGCAUUACAUCAAGUACUACAAGGAAAGUGUUUGGUCGUGAUAGGGAGCGUCGUAUGAUACAGAGUAUGCUUCGUGAGGAACCAGAUGAUCACGCACCAGGCACCAGUAGCAGUAAAUGUUACUCUGUGAUUUGCAUACAUGGCAUUGCAGGUUCUGGAAAGACUACACUGGCACAAUAUGUUUGUGACCAUGAAAACGAAAAUAGAGAGAAAUAUUUCAACCCAAUCAUGCUCAUUCAUGUUUCUGAGACUUUCAGAGUGAAUGAUAUACUUCAUGAUACGCUUGAGGCGAUCACUGAAGAUCGGCACUCUGAUAUUAGCGGUUGUAAAGGUCUGCAAGCAAAGUUGGUCGAUAAAUUGAGCGGCAAGCGUUUCUUAUUGGUACUGGAUGAUCUCUGGGUCAACGAUGAGAAUCACCAGGACCUGGAGGAGAUACUUUCUCCCUUCAAUGUUGGAAAGAGAGGAAGCAGAAUCCUGGUGACUGCUCGAAAUAAAGAGGCAGCUUUAGGUGCUAACAACCUUAUUUCAAUAUCUGAUUUGGACGAGGAACAAUACUUCUCAAUGUUCAUGCAUUAUGCAUUAGACAGUACAAUUUUUGAUGAUCGAAAAUACAUACCAAUUGGGCGCAAGAUUGCUAAAAAGCUACACAGAUCACCUAUUGCAGCAGUAACAGUGGCCGGGCAGCUUUGGAGAAACCCAGAUAUCAGUUUUUGGGAAACAGCCGCGAAACUAGACUUAUUGAAUAAGACAAAGGGAGCACUGUGGUGGAGCUAUCAGCAACUUGAUGUCGAUGUCAGGCGAUGUUUUGAGUACUGCAAUAUUUUUCCCAGAAGAUAUGAGCUGGAACGAGAUACUCUAGUUCAUAUGUGGAUUGCACAGGGCUUUGUUAAGACAAUCAAUGCAAGAGAGCAGGAAGAUGUAGAAGACGUGGGCCAGGACUACUUCCAUGACUUGCAUUCAUGUGCAUUUCUUCAACUAAAAAGGAAAACUAGUUCUGAUAUUGAUUCCGGAGAGUACUUCACAGUUCAUGAUUUGUUGCAUGACUUAGCAGAGUCUGUUGCUGGCAGUGAUUGUGUUAGAAUUAACAGAGGUGUCAUAGGAAAAAUUCCUAAAUAUGUCCGGCAUCUUUGCAUUGAGUCCUACAAUGAAGAAGCAUUCCCAGAGCAAAUUCUGGAGUUGCGAAACUUGAGCACUCUAAUAAUGUGUUAUUCUGUCAAGAAGAUCAGUCAAGAUGAUUUUAAGUGUGUGCUCAUGCGUCUAAAGAAGCUGCGGGUCGUGCAGUUGGAUGUCCAAUGGUUGGGAAGGAUCCCAGCAUGCAUAGGUGAACUAAGACAUUUGCGGUACCUUGGUAUUUCUACACCCCCUCCCUGCAACAUGACUUUGCCAACUGAAGUUACCAAGCUUUAUCAUCUCCAGGUGCUCUCUGUGCCACCUAACACCCUUUUGCACUGUUCUUCCGAGGAAAAAAUGUCCAACCUUAUCAAUUUGCGGCACAUGCUCACAUGGUAUGGCUUGAACUUUCCUAACAUAGGGAGGUUGACAUCACUCCAAUCUCUGUAUCACUUCUAUGUUAAAAAUGAAAAGGGAUAUGAAAUACAACAGCUGGAACACCUAAACAACCUUCGCGGAAAGCUGUUUAUUGAAUCCCUCGAAAAUGUUCGGAGCAAGGAGGAAGCUCUUCAAGCCAGGCUAGCUGACAAGGUACAUUUAACAGAGCUGACACUGCAGUGGGGUGGUAUUGAUGAAAUCUCCAGAAGGAAACAAAGCGCAAUAGAGGAAAUCAGAAAGGUAUUCUUUUCUCCUGUGACACCUGUGAACGUGUCAGAAUGGAGAACUCGCCAUCAGAGAUGCCCCCCAGAACUUCAAGAGGAGGUACUUGAGGCACUCCAUCCACCAUCCCAGAUCACAUCACUUUGCAUCAGAAACUAUGAUGGUCAGAGAUACCCACGUUGGUUGUCAGGGGAACAGGACACUCGAGAUUUGAACAGCACAGAUAUUUCCCACUUGCAAUAUCUUAUGUUCUGGGAUUGCAAUGGUUCAAGUAUUCCCCCCAAGAUUGGUAAGUUUUUCGUUCAUAUCUUUAGGCUCACAGUUACAGGCUGCAGUUGGACCUCUUUGCCAGAUAACUUGGACCAUCUGGAAUCACUAAAGGAACUGAACAUCCAGGAGUGCCCAAACAUUGAGUCACUGCCGCAACUACCCCGCUUCCUCAAGACGCUUGUACUUUCUCAAUGCAACCGCUCUCUUACAGAUAGCUGUCGGACCAAAGGGCACCCAAAUUGGCAAAAGAUAAGACAUAUCACUGAGAAAAUAAUUUCUUAGGAAGCCCAUAUUCCAACUGCAAUUGUGGCACACUGGCACUAGUUCUCAGUGACAUGCAAGUUGGGCUUGUAUGGUUUCUGGCUUUCUGCUCCAUCCUUUGUUUUCACCAGUAGUUUUUCAUUUAAGCCAUGUUCCAUAAUCAUUUGUGAAUGGUAACACAAGAAAGUGAAAGAUAUUGAAUUGAACAGUUCAACAUUGCCCAUGUUCAUAACUCAAAAUGAACAAUCCAGAGGCCACAAGUGAUGAGGUAGGAUUAGGAACGAGCAAGGCAACAAUGUGUUCGCCUACUCAUGGACUGAUGACAACCUAACAAAACCCCAGAACUGGUUCAAGGAUCCCACUCUGUCUUACUGAUGCCUGAUGGAGAAAAUUGACUAUUUUGCCAUGUUCAAGAUUAUCCCAUGUUGUGUGUGUUUACUCUUUUCCUUACAACCAUCAUUUCACUGUAACUCAUGAGGACACAAACUUGGCAUUGUUUCACAAUCCUUUUUAAGGAUCUUCCCGUUGUAAACAGGGGCGGAAGCUCUAGCUGUUUCCACUUGACUGAACUAGGCGGAAUACGACUGUAGUCUUCUGUUCAGUUUUACUGUGGAAUCUGUUGGAUCUUCAGCUCUGUGAUCAAAUCUAGUCUCUUUUUUUUGCGAACGGAUCAAAUCUAGUCUCUAGUUUAUGAAUGGCCGGAAUUGUUAAUUGUUUCUGUAUUUAGUA